CAGUCGCCGCAACGGCAACGAGGUUCCGACGUUCACAAACCCGUAACCAGCUCCCUUUCUCCUCUCCUCCUCUCCUCUCCUCUCCUCUCCUCUCCUCUCCUCUCCGGGCAUCUGAGGGUCAUUCGUUUCCACUCCAAAAUCCGAACAGCCGUCGUCCCGACUCGUGAGAAUGGCCAAGAGCAAGAAACUGGCCAAGGGCACCCCCGACAGCCCCUCGACGACGACGACGACGACGGUCCCUCAGAGCAUAGUCCCGACGCCGACCUGGCUGAACGACGGGCACCCGCUGCCGCGGCUGAUCGUGUUCGACCUCGACUACACGCUCUGGCCCUUCUACUCGGACAUCCACAUCUCGCCCCCGAUCCGGCAGGUGCCCGGCUCCGACCCGCCCGCCCUGGUCGACCGCAACGGCGAGCUGUUCUCCCUCUUCCCGGACGCCUUCCCCAUCCUCCGCCUCCUCUCGUCCCCCGCCCUGCCCGACACCCGCCUGGCCGUGGCGAGCAAGUCGCCCGUGCGCGACCUCUGCCGCGAGGUGCUCAAGCUGCUGCGGCUACCGCCGCCGCCGCCGUCGUCGUCGGGGGCAGACCGCGGCGCGGGGGGUGGCGGGUCCGCAGCGGGGAGCGGCCCGAAGCGCGUGAUUGACGCGUUCGACGCCGGGCUCGAGAUCUACGAGGGCACCAAGCUGCGCCACUUCCAGGCCCUCGCCGACCGGACGGGGAUCCCCUACAACCAGAUGCUCUUCUUCGACGACGAGCGGCCCAACCUGGAGGUCGAGCGCCUCGGCGUCACCAUGAGGCUGAUCCGGGACGGGCUCACGUGGGAGGAGCUGGGGAACGGGAUAAUGCAGUGGCGCGGGAACCAGGGGUUCGUGUGAGGCAGGCCUCUGAGGAUAGCGGAGGAUCGUCGAUAUUCUCUAGACGGUGACUCUCUUUUUUUUAAUCCUUUGGGAGAGACCGCCAAUUUCACGGCGUAGAUGGCGCUGCUGUCCGUGUUUGAUAGAGAGACCGAGGCGUAACGG